AUGCCUCCAGAUGGUGAUGCCUCUCUCCUUCCACAACCACUUGAAGAAGAAAUGAGGAAUGAUUCAGGAGUCAGUAUGGCUCUACAGAUCGAGCAGUACCUGCUGGAGAAGUUCGAAGCUGGGCUUGAAACUAGAGACAAGAGUGGCUCCAAAAGUGCAUUGUACAGCCACUUCCGGGAGCUGAAGGAACUGCUUGGAGAUGAACUCCACUCAGCUUCAUGCGAGGGAAAAUCCAUCAGGGACAAUCUCUAUUACCUCAAUGAUGUCCUUACCGACUGCCGGACACUGUUGAAGAAGCAGAUUCUGUCCAAAUACAGAAUUAAGAGGAGCCUGGACAAGAUCAAGGAGGAACUUGUGCGGAAUUCAGGUACCGGCUGGAGCAGUGAUACUACUCAGGAUAGCAAUGGUGGAAGCUCAAUGAAGAGUCGUGAAGUUUCCGGUCCAAUUCCUCUGCAAGCAGAUUCCGUGAAGGGAUUUGCCAGUGAAAUGGAGUUACUGGAAUCUCUGUGCAAGAAACCAAGCUCCAACGAAUUCAAGGCGAUUGGCGUGGUGGGGAAAGGAGGGAUUGGCAAAACAACUCUAUGCCAAUUGUUCUUCAGCAACGCACAAAAGAGUAGAGAGUUCAUUCCUAGAAUUUGGGCGAGCUUGUCCAGACAGCCUACUGAGAAUUCCGGAAAAAAGGCAGAAAUUGUCAAGGCAGUGUUGUUCCAGCUAGGUGUUGAAGAGGAAGUCAGCGAUAUGGAAGCUAAUUCUACGUCUGUGGAUCAUAAACUAAGUGCUCUCGUCGCUUUACUCCACAAGCAUCUGUGGGGGAAGAAGUAUCCGAUUGUCUUGGAUGGCGUUCACAAUGCAGACGAUGAAUGGUAUUCUGAUUUGGGCUCGAGCUUAAGCAAGGGGGCUCACUGGGGUCUCCGCCUUGCGCACGGAUUGCCGAAAGGGUACGGCGGGAGAGUCAUUGUCACAUGUAGGAACGAGGAGAUGGCCAGGAAAAUGGUUGGAGAGGACAAUCUGCACCAGAUAAUGCCACUUUCGGAUCCUAAAAUUUGCUGGGCGAUAUUCGAGAAUUCAACCAAGCAACAAGGAAAGCAAAUUGAUUCUACCAAAGAGGAAGAGCUGAAGAAGGAUAUCGAGAAUAAAUGUGCUGGCCUCCCCGUAGCUGCCAAACUAAUGCGUCAAAUGUAUGAACCAACAACUUCAGCAGCACCAGCAAACUCAACUCCAUGA